AUGAUCAAAGAUUGCAAUGGGAAUAAAAAUGCACAUAAGGUGAAUUAUGCAAAUCAAGUUGAGGAAACUGGUACUUUGUUCUAUGUGUGCAAUGCUGCAACAAAUGUGAAAGUGAACCAUUCAUGGUAUAUUGACAGUGGUUGUAGUAACCACAUGACAGGAGAUGAGGGACUUCUAGUCAAUAUUCAAAGGAACUUGACCUUUAAAGUGAAGAUGGGAACUGGAGAAGUAGUUCCAGUUGCAGGAAAAGGAACUCUUGUGAUAAAAACCAAGUUGGUUAAGAAGCACAUUCAAGAAGUAAUGGUUGUACCUGGUCUUGAAGAAAAUCUGCUAAGUGUUGGGCAAAUGAUGGAACAUGGGUAUUAUCUUGUGUUUGGAGGGAAUAUGGUGAAUAUUUAUGAUGAUCAGUCACUGAGAAAUCUAAUUGUGAGGGUUCAAAUGACAAAUAACAGAUGUUUUCCACUUACAAUGAUGCCUACAAGUGAUUUGGCCUUAAAGGCAAAUGUUACACACUGUUUGCAGACAUGGCAUAAGAGAUUGGGGUACUUAAACGAAAGAAGCUACAUGCUAGGAAAGCAACACAGAGAUUCUUUCCCUUUGGAGUCCACUUGGAGAGCUACAAGUCCUUUGGAAUUGGUUCACACAGAUAUUUGUGGACUAAUAAAGACUGAAUCCAUUUAUGGAAAUCGAAAGUUCAAGGCUAUGACAAAGCUACAAAGUGGGUAUAAGAUAAAAGGCUUGAGGAGUGACAGGGGUGGAGAAACCUCGCCCUUAACGUUAUUUAAGGCUAUGCCAUCCCCUAAGGUGCUGCUAAAUGGAAGGAUCUUAUCAACAAUUCAAAGGCAGCUGACUAUAGCAUACUCUCCUCAGCAAAACGAAGUAGCCGAGAGAAAGAACAGAACAGUGGUGGAAAUGGCAAAUUCCAUGUUGCAUGAGAAGGGUAUUCCUUAUGAAUUUUGGGCAGAAGCUGUGACUACUGUAGUCUAUUUACUAAAUAGAUGUCCCACCAAAUCUCUCAAUAAGGAAUUGCACACUAAGAUUUUUGGAUCUCCUUGUCAUGCACUCAUCCCUUCAGCAUUAAGGCAUAAACUGGAAGAAAAUAGCCUCAAGUGUAUCUUUGUGGGUUAUGGACUCUGUGAAAAGGGGUACAUGCCAUUUGAUCCAAGCACUAGAAAGGUUAUUCUGUCCAGAGAUGUGCAGUUUGAUGAAAAUGGCUCAUGGAAGUGGGAGAAUUCAAGUGCAGGAGAGAUGACAGUCCCUGUGCCUACUGAAAGUCAAGACUGUAAUCCAAGUCAAGACUUGGAUACACAAACUCAAAUGGAUGAAGGAAUCACACUGCAAAAUGAACCAAGUCAAAGCUUGAAUACACAAACUCAAAUAGAUGAAGGUACUACUCUACAAGAUGAAGGAAUAAGUGAAAGUUCUCAAGCUAUUGAUCACACACCAAAGAAAUGGAGAAGUGUUAAUGAAAUCAUGGCUCAAUGCAAUAUGUGCAUUGUGGAACCUGAAAGUUUUGAAGAAGCUAAUCUUGAUGAGUCCUGGAGAAAUGCAAUAAAGGCUGAGCUGGAAAUGAUUGAGAAAAAUAAUACAUGGACACUAGUGGACAGACCUUUUGGCAAUCCAAUUAUUGGUGUCAAGUGGGUCUACAAAACGAAGCUAAAUCUGGAUGGAUAUGUGCAAAAAAAUAAGGCCAGACUUGUGGCAAAAGGCUACUCUCAGAAGCCUGGAAUAGACUAUAAUGAGACGUUUGCUCCAGUAGAAAGAUUGGAUACUAUUAGAACCUUGAUAGCUCUUGCUGCACAGAAAGAAUGGAAUCUAUAUCAACUGGAUGUAAAAUCUGCCUUUCUGAAUGGAGUUUUAAAGGAAAAGGUUUAUGUGGAGCAGCCACAGGGUUUUGUGAAGGAAAAUGAAGAAAUCAGAGUGUAUAAGUUGAACAAGGCCUUGUAUGGACUAAAGCAAGCCCCAAGAGCCUAG